GAGGAGAUAGGCGGGAGCGAGGGAGGGAGCGAAGGAGGUAGAGAGGAGUGGAGGAGCGUAGGGAGGGAGCGCAGCUUGGUUGCUCCGUAGUACGGCGGCUCGCGAGGGAGACUCCCGAGCGGGCUCCGGGACGGGCGGGCAGGCGGGCGGGGAUGGUGUGCGGGGCUGCGGCUCCUGCGUCCCACCCAACAGCGUGUGAGCUGCACUGAUUUGUGCCUGGGGCGGCAGCGCGGACCCGCCCGGAGAUGAGGCCCCAAUUAGCAAGGCAAAAGUAACAGAACCAUGGCUCAGUUUCCAACACCUUUUGGUGGCAGCCUGGAUAUCUGGGCCAUAACUGUUGAGGAAAGAGCGAAGCAUGAUCAGCAGUUCCAUAGUUUAAAGCCGAUAUCUGGAUUUAUUACUGGUGAUCAAGCAAGGAACUUUUUUUUUCAAUCUGGAUUACCUCAGCCUGUUUUAGCACAGAUAUGGGCACUAGCUGACAUGAAUAAUGAUGGAAGAAUGGAUCAAGUGGAGUUUUCCAUAGCUAUGAAGCUUAUCAAACUGAAGCUUCAAGGAUAUCAGCUCCCCUCUGCACUUCCCCCUGUGAUGAAACAGCAGCCAGUUGCUAUUUCUAGUGCACCAGCAUUUGGUAUAGGAGGUAUCGCCAGCAUGCCACCGCUUACUGCUGUUGCUCCAGUGCCAAUGGGAUCCAUCCCAGUUGUUGGAAUGUCUCCACCCUUAGUAUCUUCUGUUCCUCCAACAGCAGUGCCUCCCCUAGCUAACGGGGCUCCCCCUGUCAUACAGCCUCUGCCUGCAUUUGCUCAUCCUGCAGCCACAUUGCCAAAGAGUUCUUCCUUCAGUAGAUCUGGUCCAGGAUCACAGUUAAGCACUAAAUUACAGAAGGCGCAGUCAUUUGAUGUGGCCAGUGUCCCUCCAGCAGCAGAAUGGGCUGUUCCUCAGUCAUCAAGAUUGAAAUACAGGCAGUUAUUCAAUAGUCAUGACAAAACUAUGAGUGGACACUUAACAGGUCCCCAAGCAAGAACUAUUCUUAUGCAAUCGAGUUUACCACAGGCUCAGCUGGCUUCAAUAUGGAAUCUUUCUGACAUUGAUCAAGAUGGAAAACUCACAGCAGAAGAAUUUAUCCUGGCUAUGCACCUAAUUGAUGUGGCUAUGUCUGGCCAACCACUGCCACCUGUCCUGCCUCCAGAAUACAUUCCACCUUCCUUUAGAAGAGUUCGAUCAGGCAGUGGAAUAUCUGUUAUAAGCUCAACAUCUGUAGAUCAGAGGUUACCAGAGGAACCAGCUUUAGAAGAUGAACAGCAACAAUUAGAAAAGAAAUUACCUGUAACAUUUGAAGAUAAGAAGCGGGAAAAUUUUGAACGUGGCAAUCUAGAACUGGAGAAACGCAGACAAGCUCUCUUGGAACAGCAGCGCAAAGAGCAAGAACGCUUGGCUCAGCUGGAGAGGGCUGAGCAGGAGAGGAAAGAGCGGGAGCGCCAGGAGCAGGAGCGCAAAAGACAACUGGAGCUGGAGAAGCAACUGGAAAAGCAACGGGAACUGGAAAGGCAGAGAGAGGAGGAGAGGAGGAAAGAGAUUGAGAGGCGAGAGGCUGCGAAACGGGAACUUGAGAGACAACGACAACUUGAAUGGGAACGGAACCGAAGGCAAGAACUUUUAAAUCAAAGAAAUAAAGAACAAGAGGACAUAGUUGUAUUGAAAGCAAAGAAAAAGACUUUGGAAUUUGAAUUAGAAGCUCUAAAUGAUAAAAAGCAUCAAUUAGAAGGAAAACUUCAAGAUAUCAGAUGUCGAUUAACCACCCAAAGGCAAGAAAUUGAGAGUACAAACAAAUCUAGAGAGUUGAGAAUUGCCGAAAUCACCCAUUUGCAGCAACAGUUACAGGAAUCUCAGCAAAUGCUUGGAAGACUUAUUCCAGAAAAACAGAUACUUAACGACCAAUUAAAACAAGUUCAGCAGAACAGUUUGCACAGAGAUUCACUUCUUACACUCAAAAGAGCCUUAGAAGCAAAAGAACUAGCUCGCCAGCAGCUACGAGACCAACUGGAUGAGGUGGAGAAAGAAACUAGGUCAAAACUGCAGGAGAUUGAUAUUUUCAAUAACCAGCUGAAGGAACUAAGAGAAAUACAUAAUAAGCAGCAACUGCAGAAACAAAAGUCCAUAGAGGCUGAACGACUGAAACAGAAAGAACAGGAACGAAAGAUCAUAGAAUUAGAAAAGCAAAAAGAAGAAGCCCAAAGACGAGCUCAGGAAAGGGACAAACAGUGGCUGGAGCACGUGCAGCAGGAGGAUGAGCAUCAGCGGCCAAGAAAACUCCACGAGGAAGAUAAGCUAAAAAGGGAAGACAGUGUCAAAAAGAAGGAUGGUGAGGAAAAAGGCAAACAGGAAGCACAAGACAAACUGAGUCGGCUUUUCCAUCCACACCAAGAACCAGCUAAGCCAGCUGUUCAAGCACCCUGGUCCACUGCAGAAAAAGGCCCACUUACAAUUUCUGCACAGGAGAAUGUAAAAGUGGUGUAUUACCGAGCACUGUAUCCCUUUGAAUCCAGAAGUCAUGACGAAAUCACCAUCCAGCCUGGAGAUAUAGUCAUGGUUAAAGGGGAAUGGGUGGAUGAAAGCCAAACUGGAGAACCCGGAUGGCUUGGAGGAGAAUUAAAAGGAAAGACAGGAUGGUUCCCUGCAAACUAUGCAGAGAAGAUUCCAGAAAAUGAGAUUCCUGCUCCAGCCAAACCAGUGACUGAUCCAACAUCUGCCCCUGCCCCCAAACUGGCUCUGCGUGAGACCCCCGCUCCUUUGGCAGUGACCUCUUCUGAGCCCUCCACAACCCCCAACAACUGGGCUGACUUCAGCUCCACGUGGCCCACCAGCACAAACGAGAAACCAGAAACGGAUAACUGGGAUGCUUGGGCAGCCCAGCCUUCUCUUACUGUACCCAGUGCUGGCCAGUUAAGGCAGAGAUCAGCCUUUACUCCAGCCACGGCCACUGGCUCCUCCCCAUCUCCUGUACUGGGACAGGGUGAAAAGGUGGAGGGGCUACAAGCGCAAGCCCUGUAUCCUUGGAGAGCCAAAAAAGACAACCAUUUAAAUUUUAACAAAAAUGAUGUCAUCACCGUCCUGGAACAGCAAGACAUGUGGUGGUUUGGAGAAGUUCAAGGUCAGAAGGGUUGGUUCCCCAAGUCUUACGUGAAACUCAUUUCAGGGCCCAUAAGGAAAUCUACAAGCAUGGAUUCUGGUUCUUCAGAGAGUCCUGCUAGUCUGAAGAGAGUAGCUUCACCUGCUGCUAAACCAGCUGUUUCAGGAGAAGAAUUUAUUGCCAUGUACACUUACGAGAGUUCUGAGCAAGGAGAUUUAACCUUUCAGCAAGGGGAUGUGAUUUUGGUUACCAAGAAAGAUGGUGACUGGUGGACGGGAACAGUGGGCGACAAGUCCGGAGUCUUCCCUUCUAACUAUGUGAGGCUUAAAGAUUCAGAGGGCUCUGGAACUGCUGGAAAAACAGGGAAUUUAGGAAAAAAACCUGAAAUUGCUCAAGUUAUUGCUUCAUAUACCGCCACUGGUCCUGAGCAACUUACCUUGGCCCCUGGUCAGCUAAUUUUGAUUCGAAAAAAGAACCCAGGUGGAUGGUGGGAAGGAGAGCUGCAAGCACGUGGGAAGAAACGCCAGAUAGGCUGGUUCCCAGCUAAUUAUGUCAAACUUCUAAGCCCUGGGACAAGCAAAAUCACUCCGACAGAGCUGCCCAAGUCAGCGGCAUUGCCGGCAGUGUGCCAGGUGAUCGGGAUGUAUGAUUACACUGCGCAGAAUGACGACGAGCUGGCCUUCAGCAAGGGCCAGAUCAUCAACGUCCUCAACAAGGAGGACCCCGACUGGUGGAAAGGGGAAGUCAAUGGACAAGUGGGGCUCUUCCCAUCCAACUAUGUGAAGCUGACCACAGACAUGGACCCAAGCCAGCAAUAGCCAAGCUUCCUGGAAGGAACGCUGUUGGAAGAACCCCGGAGGGAGCUGCUUCUGGAGUCUGGCGCUCAGCGUGUGCAAGGAGGCGGAGGAGCUGGGCUUUGGCCUGGGCAGUCCCACCCAGAUAAGGAGUCAGGCCUGCUCCCUCGCAAAUUGAAAAUCAUUUCUGAGAGUGAUUUUCUUUUUCUUUUGCAAAACUAUACUUAAUCUUAUUUAUUUAUUUAUUUUAGUACCAAAAAUGUGUGAGAGCUUUUAGGAAAACCAUAUUGAGUGUCAGUGAUCACAACAAUGUAUAGAGAAUGUCUGAUAUUUUGGAUUUGGUAGGGUAGACAAACAUAAGCUCAAAUGGUCUAAAGGUUGAGAUAACCUUAUGUGAAUAUUUCACUUCAGCCAGAGUUUUGGGGGGCUUUUUUUUGUACAGGUUGCUUAACCCCUGAGCUACAACCCCAUCCCUUUUUAUUUUUUAUUUUGGGAUAGGGUCACAUUAAGUUGCUGAGGCUGACCUCAAACUUGCAAUCCUCUUGCUUCAUGAGUCACUAGGAUUGCAGGUAUGUACCUCCAUGCCCAACUUUUGGCCCUUUUUAAAAAUACCCCACAUAUGCAAAAACAAGACUUCCAGAAUAUUUUCUGAUGUGUAGUUAGCUAAUCCACGUCAAAGGGUUCUGUAGCCUCCAAAGAAGACUCUGUUCUCUGUGUUCCCCCAGAAAUUUUAAAUUAUGACUUCAUUCACAAAAAUUAAAGGUGUUGAUAAAAACAAAUGAACAUCAACUAUAAGAAACCUGUACAUUGUAUCUGUGGGACUCCCUGGUAAGCAUGCUAACUCCAAGAAGCUACCUGUUUUGUUUUAAUGGUGUCAGCUGUGUGUGUGUAUGUGUGUGUGUGUGAGAGAGAGAGAGAGAGAGAGAGAGAAGGAGGAGGAGGAGAGGAAGAGAGAGGAGGAGAGAGACGUGCAGGUAACUCAAUGCCUUCAUCUGUAGGUUGGUGACAGUGGGUUGUGGGGUGAGAUCAGGGUACAGUAGAAAGCAGACAGACACCACUCUGGAAGAUUCUGGCAGAGAUUUACAACUGCUAUUUCCACAUCUUCUUGGCACGUGGUUUCCAAGCAAUGUUGCAAGCCUCAAAGAGGAAGUGUCCCUCCCUUGACUCAGCCCAUCAUAUAUUUUUUAUUCUGAGCAUUCCUUCCCUUGAUGCAGUUCUCUGAACUCUGACCCAGAAGAAGGGAAGCAUUGUGACCAGCCAGUGUCAUUUAGGGAACUGUGCACUCCUGAGGCCCCUGGUUUCCCCUCAGUGCCCCUUUCUGUCCCUUCUCUUCUCUGUCCCUGUCACCCACGAUCAUGCACACAGAACCACUGUGUUGCAUUCCAGGGUCCACUGGGAAAGGGAGCAAAGGAGUGAGGGCAGAUGCCCUGUGGAUUAUUUGGUGAUGUUGCAAUCUCAGGGAAAGUUGACAGCGGCAACACUGAGGCUCUAGGGAGACAGUGUGUUCUGAAAAGAGCUCUCAUCUCCACAGAAAGAGAGGGAUGGGUCCCUCUUCCCUAGUGUGAGUCACAUACUGCUGGGAUUUGCAGGAGCUCAGAACCGUUGGUAAGCAUUUCAUACACUGGUGCACAUUUUCAAUGCACAAACUCCAUGCUGGCUCACCUCACCCUGUAUAUAGGCCUUGACAGAGUUUUCCAAAGACAGGCUUGGCCUUGCUCUGUGCCAACUAUAGCUUCUAAAUUUCCAUUCCUGGCUGCCACCAGAGACCACGGUGCCAUAUAGAGUCAAGCUGCUUAUCUACAAAGUUCAGUCUAAUAUUUGCUCCAUGUCUUUUAGAAUGUUGGAACAUUUUAUUUUCCUAUAAGCAACUUCCUAUAGGAAGAAGGGGGCUCAGGCAGGAGGGGUUUGGGGUAUCAACAUAGCUGCAGUCGGGCUGGUAGUUCAGAGAAGGGGUUCAGAUCCCAUUUCUGCCACUUACCAGUUGGGUGAUGUGGGCACGUUAUUGAACUUCUUUGUGCUUCAGUGACCUCAUGUAUAUAAGGAGAGACUUAUAAUGCCUGGGAGAGAGUAAGCACCCAACAGAUACAAGCUUUGUGGUGUCGUUCUUGGAGAAAGGGCAUUUGUACCUGGGGGGUAAGCAUCACAGGAUCCAAAAAAGUGGCUUCCUGCUUGUGUGCCUGCAGUGAACCCAGGCAGUCGGUGGGUUGGGUGCCUUUGUGGAUUAGGGAUUUCAGAGAGGGAUUGGUCAGCUUCCCUAAAUGCCCUCAGAUGGCUCUCUGCAAGCGUGCCCCACUCAUCUACAGAUUACAGCCCAGUCCCUCCAUCUGCAGAAGACCCACCUGCGUGGAGACAAGCAGCUUUUUUAAAAGCAUUUUUCCUGCAUUCCCAAAACACGCGGUGAUGCGCUUGGUCCCUAGACCAGCGUCACCCCAGCAGACUGUUGGUGGCUGUGGCUAAGCUGCCUGGGUUUCACAGGGCUGACAGGGCGGCCAGCAGGGGAGGAUGGAAUGUGCAAGGCUGUUAAAUGUCACGUCUGUGGACUGUGUUGGCAGGCCCAUGCCGCGCUCCACAAUAAACCUGUCACAACUGCC